AUCAUAACUGUGGAAACAAUGUCUCAGUUAAAUCGUAUCGUAUUAAUCAUUGCUAUGAACGUACUGGUGUACGUUCUUGCAGUGGAGUGCUAUUCCGAUGAAUUUGAUAAUGUUCUUGAUAUUGACGCUGUUCUCAAUAACGACACUCUACGUGAAGGAUAUCACAACUGCUACAUGAAAACAGCACCAUGUACAAAAGCACAAAAGGAUUUAACAGACAUGUUCGGCGAAGCUGUCAUAACUAACUGCGAAAAAUGUACCGAAACUCAAAAAGAAUGGCUGAAGAAGAUAGAUAACUCCGGUAAAUAUGCCGCGCUGGAAUUUAUGCCGUAG